GUGAUAUGGCGAAAGAAGCAUUUGUUAACAGGGAAACUCCGACAUUGAGAGACUUGGCAAAACCAGUGAAGUUUGCUGCAAAUGCUUGCAUAUUGGGUCUGCAGAUAGGAAUCUGCAGUGCUUGUUACGUCUUCGUCGCAGAGCAUUUACAAGAAGUCGCUGAGUAUAUCUUCUCGCUACAUGUGUCACGCAUUCUAUCAUUUUUCAUACUUCUGCCUUUUUUUAUUCUUCUGGCCUCUGUUCGCAAUCUAGCAUUAUUAUCGUGGGUUGGUCUUGCGGGAAAUGUGUUGCUUGCAUUGAUAAUAAUUACUAUUAAUGUGCAAAUGAUGUUCAUGACACACUUACCUAUCUCCAAACUACCUUCUUUUACAUCGGUCGGAGGUGCUACAUCAGCUGCUGGUACUCUUGCCUAUGCUUUCGUCGGUCAAGGAGUGAUAUUAUCGAUAGAGAACAAAAUGAAAAAACCUGAGGACAUGUUAGGGCCAUGUGGAGUCAUCUCAGCAGUAAUGAUUAUGCUUACUAUUCUUUACGCUGCGACAGCUGUUUUGGGCUAUGUCACUUACGGCGAUCAGUUGAGAGGCAGUGUCACCCUCAAUUUGUCCAAUUCU